GGCUGCCCAGGGCGCGCAGCGGCAAUGGGGGCGCUGCUGGCGCUCUGUCUUCUCCUGGGCUGGCUGCGCUGGGACCCAGCUGUUGCCCAGCAGCCCGGCGAGUACUGCCACGGCUGGGUGGACGUGCAAGGCAACUACCAUGAGGGUUUCCAGUGCCCAGAGGACUUCGAUACGCUGGACGCCACAAUCUGCUGCGGAUCCUGCGCGCUCCGCUACUGCUGCGCUGCGGCCGACGCCAGGCUGGAGCAGGGAGGCUGCACCAACGACCGCGGAGAGCUAGAGCACCCCGGCAUCACCUCGCAACCCGUCUACGUCCCCUUCCUGAUCGUCGGCUCCAUCUUCAUUGCAUUCAUCAUCUUGGGCUCCUUAGUGGCUAUUUAUUGUUGCACCUGUUUGAGACCCAAGGAGCCUUCGCAGCAGCCAAUUCGCUUCUCACUCCGCAGCUAUCAGACGGAGACCUUGCCCAUGAUCUUGACCUCCACGAGCCUGAGGGCACCUUCCCGGCAGUCCAGCACAGCCACCAGCUCCAGCUCCACAGGUGGUUCCAUCCGCAGGUUCUCUUUUGCCAGGGCCGAGCCAGGCUGUUUGGUACCCUCACCACCCCCACCUUACACCACAAGCCACCCAGUCCACCUGUCCCAGCCAUCCGGUUUCCUUGUGUCACCCCAGUAUUUUGCUUAUCCUCUCCAGCAGGAGCCCCCGCUACCUGGGAAGAGCUGUCCAGACUUCAGUUCCAGUUGACAGUACAUGGCCAGGAAGCCACUGUGUAGUCAAUGGCAGACAGACGGGACACCUGUUGCCGUUGCCACUGCAAGAUUUCCCUUGUAACCGCUCAUCAUCGUGGAAGAAAGAGCUAGGAAGAUACAGUGCCUUCUAGUCUUCAGGUUCUUAGCUCUAGUCGGAAGGUCUGGCUUUGCAAAUAUGGUGACCAUUGCAUUCCAGUUUAUGCCACUCAGAUGAGUUGAACGAGUUUGACUUUAAAUUUGCAGACUGGCUGGAAAUUCAGCUAUACUGUCUAGAAGAGAGAUACGUGUUCCUUUCUAUGUGCUUGUCAAGUUAUAAUCCAAAUAUAUAAUAAAUAAGAAAGGAAAUACCUAACUGUAAUUAUCAAGGGUUCACUUAAAAAUUAACUAUUAAGUAAACUUGAGGGGGCAGGGAAUCACCUAUUUAUAACUUUGGGAGUAACCUAGCCAUAAAUAACAUUAGCAUGGUAAGAACAUUUACUUUUUCAAUUAAAUAACUCAAUUUUGUUUAAAGUAUAAGAGUUUUGUCGUAAUACAAGGUUUCAGUAACCACACGGGUUUAAAGUUUUAAAUAUAUACUCAGACAUUCAUAUAAUACAGGUUCUAUGUGAAAUCACUUUUCCCACCCACCAGAGGGAAUAUUUAUUGUAGACUUUUUGUUCAGCAACAUUUAGUGUUUAAAUGAAAGUUGGACAAUUGGGUUAAAACAUUUAUUUGUAAAAUGAGUUAUGUAUAAAUGUAAAGAAAUAUAAUUUAAUGUAUUUACCACAUUGACGAUACUAAUUAUUUAGUAGUCACACUGUGAUUUUUAUGUUAAUAACUGUGGAAUUUAAAGUAUAGCUAUUGGUGUAAUCAUCUAAUAUUACAUGUCUCAAAUGCCACUGAAUUCCAUGUCUAAUGACUACAUAUCUUGGCAUAUAUCCUGCUGGGUUAGAAUAAAUAAAAUACAUUUUCAAGGAUUCUAUCUGAAAUUUUAAAUCAAAGUACUUAAUUUUAUCCCCUUAGUGAUAAUUCUUGCUGUUCAAUAAAAGGAAAUGUCUUUACUUAGCGCACAACUUGAAGGUAAAAGAAAUAUUCUCUUCAUUGGGGCUUGUGAAAGCAGCAAAGGAAGUAAAUUGUUAGAGAGAUUCAGACUCUGGGCUGCAUGCAGCUCUCAGAUAUGUCAUUUGGCUUGUAGAGUUUCAGUAUCUGGACAUUUCCCAGAAGAACCUGGAUUUAUGGCUUCUAGUGACAUAUGGAAGAUUUGGUACUGUAAGCCCUAUUCUGGCCUGAGGGUAGGCCAGCCCUCUUUGAUAGGACACCUGCUCUUUGCCAGUCUUCCUGCAGUUCCCCCUGCCUGGCCCAUCUCUGGUUAUAUUUCCUAAGCCAGACAGUGCAGUUUGGGAGUACAGUUCAUGUGAAUUCACUUUUGCCGUGUUACUCUCAGCAGUCCUUUUCAGAGCUAGUCAGAGGUAGAACGCUGACCUGGGAGAGUUGAUUAGCCCUGCCUCUUCACCUUCUGGUUGAGGACAAUAGUCUGAAGGAAGAGGAACAAUGAGUCUAGUUUCCUGUUUUCUUCAAUGUCUAAAAAUGGCUUGACUUGUAUCACAAGAUUUUUAAAAAUAAAGGAA